UUACUGGUAAAAAUAAAAGGGGUCCCUAUUUCUACAGUGUUUCAUUUACAAUAAAUAAAUAAAACAAAUAAUUUUGUUGAAAAAGCGUUGUCGUUAGACCUAGCAGACAAACCACCAUCCAUUUAUGUUUAUUUAGAUCACUAUAACUUCUAAUGUAAACAAUGCAUCUUGUACUGGAAUAUUUUCAUAGGUGUCGCUGUAUAAUGACUCGCCCAUUGUAACUAAAAAUAGAAUUGUGACGAAAUAAUUCUUUACCUUCGAGUUUCCUUAAAACACGGAAGCUGUCACCGCGGUCAGUUAUUCUACAUUUGUGUCGUCACAAGAGACAUCGUUUAUCGAGAAUGCUUUCGUUUGUUAUUAUUCUAAUAAUCGGCGUAAUAAUUGCAGAUUGUGGUCCCACAAUACAACCGACGCACUUCGCGGGCGAGAUCGGGUCGGAGACAAGUUUCGCCAUUAAUUGUUGGUCAACAAAACCAUGUUCAAGCUGCGAUGACGUCAAUAUAACCAAAAACGAUACAAAUGUACGUAAUUACUACGUCAUCGCAACAGGGACCAAUGGGACCAUCAUUGUUCAUUUCACAAAGCUCAGCAUUCUCGAUUGUGGGGAAUACCGGUUCGCAUUCAAUAUUUGUAGCAGCCAUGCUUCACUACAAUACGUCACAAUCGCUUGUAACAAUCCACCAUUGUUACCGAUAAAGUAUCUUUAUUUAGUCAUAAGCGGGGGUGUUUGUUUCGUCGUAAUCAUUGCCUCAAUUUGCAUCGUUUGUUUACAAAGAAAAAACAUUUCCAAGGUUUCCAAGACAUCAAAAAAAAACGUUUAUGCUUCGAGACCAGAAAACGACAAACCGCGCCCACGACCCGUAGGUGUUGAAACAAACAAUAUACCGAUGCAACAACAAGGGGGUGGUUACCUCCGACCAAACGUCUCCUCCCCCCAAUACGCGGCACCUCCAGCAGAACAAACUCCCCCUCUGAGUCCACGUACUACGUCAUUGAUGACGUCAUCACAUGGAGCUCAGCCCAACCAGUUUAACCCUGGGAAUGAUCAAAGGACUUUAGGGGCUGGAAGACAACAAAUGGGCGCUUACGAUGACGUCGCUGUAACCACUGUUCCCAACUAUAGCGGUUCAACACCACAGCCAAACUACAUGAACGCAUCGGCUGUGACCCAAUGGCAAGAGAGUGAAUUUGACUUAUAUGACUAAUUGAAGACCAAACGGUUAGGAACUUAAAUCCAGCACUUGUUAGUCGAAUCGGUAUUUUCUAAAAUAAUAAAUUUGUGUUAGCCUUUUAAACCGUUUGUGCAAUAUCGUUUUUUUUCUUUUGAACUACUGUCAUUUUUCUAUUAUUGUGUAACAUUUUGUGAUAUUUCUGGUCUAUAUAUUUUGUAUUCACCAUUUCCUCCACCGUUAAUGUGACUAGUGGUUUUAGGUUAAUUAUUUUAAAAUUUUAAUUUGGUUUCAUACGCAAAUGCCCAGAUUUCUGGCGUUGGUCAAAUUUCUCGAUUUGUGACUUUUAAAAAAUUAAAGUUCGUUAUCAUAACUUGUUCACAAAAAUGAUAUUUGCAUACCUUCUUUAUAUUUAAAGUAUUGAUUUUAAACUUUUUAAAUAAGCAUAUUUAUUUUUGUAAGUGAGUGCUCCCCAAACGUAAUAAAACAUCCCUAGUU